AUGGUCCACCACAAAGUCACCAUUAUUGGUUCCGGCCCCGCCGCCCACACCGCCGCCAUCUACCUCGCUCGUGCCGAGGCCAAGCCCGUGAUGUACGAGGGUUUCUUGGCCAACGGCAUUGCCGCCGGCGGGCAGUUGACCACCACCACCGAGAUCGAGAACUUCCCUGGUUUCCCCGAUGGACUCACCGGCACAGAGCUCAUGGACAACAUGCGCAAGCAGAGCGAGAGAUUCGGCACGGAGAUCAUCACCGAGACCAUCAGCAAGUGUGACUUGUCGCAGAGACCAUUCAAGUUGUGGACCGAAUGGAACGAGGACAGCGAGCCCAUCACCACCGACGCCGUGAUCAUUGCCACCGGUGCUUCCGCCAAGAGAAUGAACCUUCCGGGCGAGGAGGAGUACUGGCAACAGGGUAUCUCUGCCUGUGCUGUCUGUGAUGGUGCAGUGCCCAUUUUCCGUAACAAGCCUUUGGCUGUUGUGGGAGGUGGAGACUCUGCCUGUGAGGAGGCCUUGUUCUUGACCAAGUACGCCUCGAAGGUGUACAUGCUCGUCAGAAGAGACGUGUUGCGUGCUUCUCCUAUCAUGCAGAAGAGAGCCAUGAACCACGAGAAGAUCGAGAUCUUGUGGAAGACCUCUCCUACCGCCGCCAAGGGUGACGGCAAGGUGUUGCAAAGCUUGGACUUGAUUCACAACGACACCAAGGAGACCUCUUCUCUUCCCGUCAACGGUCUCUUCUAUGCCAUUGGCCAUAUCCCUGCCACCCAGGUGUUUGCCUCUCAAUUGGACACCGACGAGAGCGGCUACAUCAAGACCGUCCCAGGCACUGCCGAGACCUCUGUUCCUUUCGUUUAUGCUGCCGGUGAUGUUCAGGACAAGAAGUACAGACAAGCCAUCACCUCUGCCGGUACCGGUUGUAUGGCUGCCCUUGACUGUCUUGCCAAGUUCGACGAGGAGGAGGACUGA